GAUGUCAUAUCCUGAGUUAACAAUCCUCGACCAGUCCCACUGCAGCCACGAUGGAGGCAGCAUCACAGUAGUUGCGUGCAGUAGUGGUUCAGCCCAGUCCGGUAGUGGUUCAGCCGAGGCCAGCUCCUCAGUACCGACUUUAUUCAUAUAACAUCGCCCUGAGUUGCGCGCUGGGUUUAUGGUGGUGGUGGUUAUGGUGAUUCAGUUACCAAAUAUCUACUUUGUAUUCGUAUCUAGCUUGUGAACCGAACCGCUGACAUGGAGGACGUAGAUAAUCGUAAGUUCGACCCCCCAGCUCUCGUAGAGAGUCUGGCCGAUGUGUGUAGCGACCCCGCCGGCGGAGGAAACGAUAAGGGGGCCGCGACACACAGCCUCUUCAUUGUGGAAGAACUGGAGGAUUCCGCGAAGCCUCCGGCCACGAGCGAGGACCACGGCGGGGCAAGCGCAUCCCCGGCCGCCGAAGCGACCCUCGGGGACGGCCUGAACCCCCCGAAGGAGAAGAUACGACGACACUCCUCCUACGAGUCGCCGAGGCUGUCUGCGCUGCCUGAUGCGAGGCCCUCGCGCAAGAUCAGCCUCGCAGCUUCCGUGCAGUCAGUCAGCAGGAGGAAGGAAGCCUACAAGUAUAACCACGCCCCCCUCAGCAUAGCUUCGGGGACCAUUGAGGACGACGAGGCCGACGCACAGAGGAUUCGGCGCGCCCUUGGCAUUCCCUUCGACGAGGACUUCAGCAGAAAGAACUAUGAGAGAGACGCCAUCCAGAAGAAGACGUUUACGAAAUGGGUGAACAAACACUUAAAAAAGGCGGGAAAGCAAGUCCGAGACCUGUUCGAGGACCUCCGCGAUGGCCACAACCUCAUCUCCCUGCUGGAGGUGUUGUCGGGCGAGCACCUGCCCCGGGAGCGAGGCCGGCUGCGCUUCCACAUGCUACAGAACGUCCAGCUCACCCUCGACUUCCUCAGAUACCGCAAGAUCAAACUUGUCAACAUCCGGUGUGAAGAUAUCGUCGAUGGCAACCCCAAGCUCACCCUUGGGCUCAUAUGGACGAUCAUCCUUCACUUCCAGAUCUCGGAUAUCAUGGUGGGUCAGGAGGAAAACCUGACGGCAAAGGAGGCGCUGCUGCGGUGGGCGCGCCUCACUACCCACAAGUACCCCAAUGUCGACGUCAAGAACUUUACCACCUCCUGGAGGGACGGCCUCGCCUUCGUCGCCAUCAUUCAUAGGAACAGACCCGACCUGGUUGAUUGGCGUGGCCUCCGCCAGAGGUCUCCCAGAGAGCGACUUGAAACAGCCUUUAAUGUCAUGGAGCGCGAGUACGGCGUCACACGACUUCUCGACCCUGAAGAUGUUGAUACCCCGGAACCAGACGAGAAGUCGUUGAUUACGUACGUGUCGCAGCUCUAUGAGAUCUUCCCAGAGCCACCCUCUAUUCAUCCCUUGUUCAACAUUGAGGCGCAACGCAAGCUAGAAGAGUACCGAGAAAUGGCCACCACACUGCUUCACUGGAUCCGCGAACACACCUCCAUCAUGAGGGACCGCCACUUCCCUUCAAACACCAUCGAACUCAAGAGAAUGGCCCAAGAGAGCACCAGAUUCCGACAAGAAGAAGUUCCUCCUCGACUGCGCGACAAAAACAAUUGUCAGCGUUUGUACCGAGAGAUCCAGAAGCUCCUCGACGGCACGGGCUUUCUGGAGGACGAGCUGGCUCCUGAACUCCACUACAACAACGUCGACGCCGAGUGGAACAAGCUCAUGUCGCUCUUCCAGGAGAGAGACGAUGCCUUACACGAUUCCUUGUCCGGUGCCGACAGACUCCAGCGGCUGGCAGAGAAGGUCCACCGCGAGAUCAAGCAGACCGAGAUCACUCUGGAGGAGGUCGAGAUCCGCAUCGAGGACGAGGCGAGAAGAGUGGAGCGACUCCACCCCAUGGAUGCCAAACGAAACUGUGAUGCCUUGGACGGAGAGUUGGCUCAGUGCGAGGAUACGAUCAAGACCCUGCACUCAGACGUCAAGGUCCUCCGCGACGGGAAAUACCACGAGGCCCCCACGCUUCACAAGAGGGUUGUGAAACUAGAAGAACGAUACGUAAGUGUGAGGACCCUAUUCGAGAACCGCCUGCUUAUAGUUCUUAACAAUAGAUCGUUUACCCAACAAGAAUCCUACACCACCACCAAGAGAAUAGUUGUUUCCGAAUCCCGACUUGUCGAUACGAACGAACACUUCCGGUUCCUCCAGGAGUGUAUCAACUGGUGCAAAGACAAACUUAAAAAGUUGAACGACAGCGAGUACGGCAAUGACCUGGCAGCUGUGGAGAAGGAGUACGACAGCCACCAGAAAGAGCACAAGAUCAUCCAUCAGUUCCACACUAAUGUCGACAAGUGUGCAGCCGAGGAGAGUAACUUCAGCGGUGAGGAGCAGCAGGUAUACAUCAACCUGUUGUCUCAGCUGCGUAAGAUCUAUGCAGAGCUUCUCUCUCUGAGCAACAAACGUGUGUCAGACUUGCACAGCCUCCUGGAUUUCCUGCAAGCUGCAACACAGGAGCUCAUUUGGCUCAACGAACGCGAGGAACAAGAGCUGAACAGAGACUGGGCUAACAAGAGCUUGAACAUCAAUGACGUAGAACGAUACUAUGAGAAACUCAUGAGCGAACUCGAAAAGAGAGAGGUGCAGUUUAGCGCCGUACAAGACCGUGGCAACAGCUUGGUCAUUGGACACCAUCCUGCCAGCAAGACCGUGGAGGCGUAUCUGGCGGCCAUGCAGACGCAGUGGCAGUGGCUCCUGGAGCUGACCCUGUGCCUCGAGACGCACCUCCAGCACGCCUCCCACUACCACACCUUCUUCACUGACAUCGCUAACGCCGAGCAGUGGAUCAUGGCACAAGACGAGAAGCUGAACACCACCUAUUCGACGACGGACUUCGGUCUGGAUGACGGCGAACAGCUCCUGCGCGAGAUGCAAGACAUCCGGGAAGAAUUGUCCCAGUUCAACUCGACCGUGGAUGAGCUGAUCAACAGGGCCAAGUCCGUUGUCCCUCUCAAGCAACGCCGACAGACGCUGAGACAGCCUACGUCCGUCACUGCAAUUUGCAACUACAAAAAGAUGGAUAUGAGCAUCAACAAGGGCGAGCGUUGCACUGUGCAUGACAACAGCAACAGAGUCAAGUGGAGCGUGGUGACGAGCUCGGGCAGCAAGGGCAUGGUGCCAGGCGUCAUCUUCACCAUCCCGCCGCCCAACCAGGAGGCCAUCGACGCCGCCGAAAAGCUCAAGCGCCAGUACGAGAGGUGCAUCGCCCUCUGGCAGAAGAAACAGCUGCGCAUGCGUCAGAACAUGAUCUUUGCUACCAUCAAGGUUGUGAAGAGCUGGGAUCUUGCUCAGUUCAUUGCGAUGGGAGCAGAGCAGCGCAAUGCCAUCCGUAAGGCGCUGAACGAAGACGCUGAGAAAUUGAUCCAAGAAGGAGACCCGAACGAUCCCCAGCUGAGACGACUGAAGCGAGAGAUCGAUGAAGUCAACAGACUCUUCGAUGAAUUUGAGCGUCGUGCAGCCGAGCCCAAGCCAGGGGCGGUGCUGUCCGACCAGUGCAGCAGCCUGAAGGAGUACCUCGACAUGAUGGAGAAGACGCUCAUCCAACGGUGCCUUGCUGCCAUCCCGCGGGACCUGGACCUCCUCGAGCAGCUGGUCAUCGAGCACAAGCAGUUCGAGAACGACCUCUCCUCGCACGAGCUGGAGGUUGAAAGCAUCCAGAAGAACUACCAGAACUUGACCCGACGAACGCCUGCCAUACAACGCCAGGUCGAGUCCAUUACGCAACAAUGGGAUCGCAUCUGGGCCCUCUCGCAUGUGUAUAUCGAACGAAUGAAGUGUGUCGAGAUGGUUGUGACUGGCAUUGAGGAGGGAACCCAAGUCGUGUCCGAGGUUGAGCUGAAGCUCGCUGAGCACCAGGACCUGCCCGACGAACUCGACGACUUGGAGCGAGUUCACCAGGAACUCCUCGACAUCCAGCAGAUUGUCCAAGAUCACCAGGUGUUGAUCGAUCGCCUCUUGGAGGAGUGUCGCAAUGUUCGCACACUUGUAGUUAAGUCGAGACCGAGUCAGAAGAUCCACCCGGACGUAGACAGAUUAGAAGAAGACGUGAGAAAGCUGCGCAUGCGCUGGGAGAACAUCUGCUCGCAAAUUAUUGAAAGGUUGCGAAGCUGUGAAGCUGCGUGCGAACUUCUCACCAAGUACCGCAACGGCCAUGAUGUGGAGAAGGUGGAUCUCAGCGACUUCGAGACUGGCCUCCGCAACCAGAAGAUUGAAGACCUCGGACCUUCUGAGGCCGAGCUAGAACUAGAGAGGUUGAGGAGCAUGUACAUGAAAAUUAUAGCGAAGAAAACAAGCAUAGAACAUGUAAAUACCCUUGGCGGCCGAUUCAUACGGGAAGCCAAGAUCUAUGACUUGCGCCUGUCCCAGUACAAGGCAAGUCUAGAAGAGGUACACCCUAGUCUGGACGCGAGCCUAAGGAAGAGGCCUCGCAUCCAGAGUGGGGAAGAGAAUGUGGCUCAACAGCUGGACAAGCUCAACGCCCAGUACCAGUUCAUCGCCGACGAAACUUACGACCGAAUCGCCAAGAUUUACAAUCGGUUCCGACACGAGAAGAAAUUCAACUUCCAGCUCGAAGAUCUCUCUCCUAUUAACCUGGACAAAACUUUCCGUACGGAGCUUAACUUGCAAGAUGAUCGUCAACCAGACAAGGAGGCCCUCAUCAUGGAGGAAGGCAUGGAGUCGAGGUUACGCUCAGAAGCCCAGGUGACGGUGACAGGUGCCUCACUGCCCCUCCAGCGUCGCUCCUCAGCCACACAGCUGAUGGAAACUGACACUGUUGACAGUCAGGUCACCACCACCACGUUGGCGGGCUCCUCGCUUCAGGUAACCACCACUUCCUCCAUGCGACGGCUGACUCCUGCUGCUACUGCUGCCACCGGGGUUGCUGAACCUCACUUGGUUCAUCCUGAGACCGGGGAGCAGCUGACCUUACACCAGGCCAUGGAACUAGGUCUGGUGGAUUUGGCAUCAGGCAACAUGAUUCAUCCUACCACAGGGGAGACUUUCCCCCUGAAUGAGGCUGUGCAGCGUGGUUAUCUCAGCCCUACUCUUUUGCAGCAUCUUCAGACUCCUUGUGGCAUUAAAGAUCCAACCACAGGGCGCGAACUAACACUUUUAGAAGCUACAAAGCAGGGGUUAUUCAGUCCUGAAGAAGGCGCCUUCAGGGACCCCACAACAGGCAAACUACUAACACCUGAGGAGGCUGCUAAAGUUGGCUUCGUCAUUUUGGAGAAGGUAAGCUUCUUUACCCAACUCUGUGUACCAGUGGUGGCUCCGCUCUCUCUAUACCAUGCGAUAGUUGAGGGCCAUGUUAAUGUACGGACAGGAGAAUUCACCGUUCCUUCUUCAGGAGAAAAGAUUCCCAUAACACAAGCCUUUGCCAAGAACUACAUCUCUGCAGAUCCAUCUUACGUGUCAACGAGUGGCAUUACACUCUCUGAAGCCAUUGCUCAAGGUUUUGUAGAGCCAUUCUCUGGCCAGGCUGUUGACAGGAACUCUGGAAACAAGUAUACGUUAGAUGAGGCUCUUGAGAGAGGUUUGUUAGCAUCCCAUGUAAGAGAGGUCGUUAAUUCGGACACAGGCUGUAAAAUGACUCUUGCUGAAGCUAUCGAUGAAGGUGUGAUAGAUGUGACAGCUGGACGAUAUGUAAACAACGUUACAGGACAGAAAAUACAGUUUAAUGAGGCAAUGCAACAACAGCUGAUCUGUAGACCCUAUACACUGAAAGACUGCAAUGAUCUUAAAAUCUUAGAUGCGAAUGGGCACAUUCAGGAUCCUCAGAUUAAGGAUUAUGUUCCCUUACUGGAAGCAGUAGGGAAGGGCAUUGUAGAUGUUGACCUGAAAUCAGUGAAGGACACUGCUGCAAAGACCCUUCUUACUCUUCCUGAGGCCUUGAUGUUUUCUGUGAUACUACCUGAGGGAAAAUAUCGUGACACCGAGAGUGGAGAAGUUAUGAGUCUGAUUGAUGCUGUGAACAAGGGGCUUAUUACAUCAGUGUGUACUAAAACAAUCUUUGAUAUAGAUGGCAUAAAAGAUCCUGAAACAGGCGACUAUAUUAGCUUCAAGAUGGCUCUGCUCAAAGAUGUUAUCAGUCCAAAAACUGGGUUAUUCAAAGACCAAAGAACAGGUAAGACCAUGACCCUAGAAGAUGCUGUAGCAGCUAAGAUGAUCCAACCACAAAUACUUGAAACACUUAAGAUGAAUAUAGGUAUGGUUGAUGAGGGAGGAAAUGAAAUGAAUGUAGUAGAUGCAGUAUUAUCUGGACGACUUGAUCCUAACAGUGGUGAGAUUCUUCAUCCCACAAGUGGAAAGGCUGUUGCACUUGAGGAUGCAGUGAAUACAGGUUUAGUGACCCCUGAAGGAGCUGCCACGCUGAAGGGUCUUUUGAGUGUAACCGUCACUACUGCUACAAUUACCAAGACUAUUAAGAGGUAUGUGACAGUCAAGACCACUGGAGUUCUAACAACAGAAUCUAGAAUUACAUUAAAAGAGGCCCGAAGCAAAGGUCUUGUUGAUGAGGUCCAAGGCACAUACCAUGAUCCUGAAACUGAUAAGACUAUUCCUCUAGAUGAGGCUAUUCAACAAGGUCUUGUAACUUUGUCUUCAGAAUGGCCCACUACCCUACCUAGUGAUGAAUCUACUGCAGAUUCCCUUAGUGGUUCAAUAUCGCCAACAAGGGAGGCUACAAAACGUCAUCUAUCUCCUGGAAAGUCACCAAGUCCAGUAAAGGCUGCUAGAACAGACUCUGAAAGAGAGAGUUCUCCUUCAUCACCUGAAAAAAUUGAUAGAGACAAGUCAAUAACAAGUUCUGAGGGAACUGAAACAUCAUUAGACAAGAGACCAGACACACUUUUCCAAACUUCUUCUUCAAGAGAAGGUUCACCCUCAAAGUCAGGGCCAGAUUCACCUUCAAAGUCUUUCAGUUCAAGACAGGGGUCACCUUAUUCUGAUUCUAGGGAAUCUCUAACUAAAUCUUUUGGCUCAAGAGCAGAUUCUCCAAUGAAAUCCAGUGGUAUAGGUCCAGAGUCUCCAUUGAAAACUGAUGAAUCUACUCCCACAUCUCCAGAAAAAGGAAGAACAGGUAGGGUAAUUGUGUCCCCAGAGAAAAUGCCACCAGGCACAAAAACUUCUUUUAGGUCCCCAGCUGAUUCUGUUGACAGUGCUAUGGGCAAUGUUGAUGAUUUAGAUAUGACAUCAUCAGGGGCAUCACUUACAGGCACAACAUCUGUACUAAAUGAGAGUUACACUGCUAAGACCAGAACACUUGAAUUGCCACCAGAUGGAUGGUACCUUAAGGAAGCUAUUGCUGAAAAACUGUAUGAUCCAGUAAUGGGUCUCUUUACCAUCCCUGGCACAGACAGGUUGGUGAGUUUUGAGGAGUGUGUCAAGAUAGGAAUAAUUGAUCCAAGAUCAGCAGAGGUAGUUGACCCUAAGAAUGGUCGAAUUAUUGCUUUAACCAGAGCUUUAGACAAGAAAAUUCUUGAUGCUACAGGAAAGUAUCCAGACAGUGAGUCUACUUCUAACAGAAGGCUUACUAUGCAAGAAGCUAUUACUAAGAAAUUUGUAAUUCUCAAAGAUCGCACAGAUUCCCAAGAGUUUGCAUCUGGACGUGUUAUUCAGAUCACAAGUGUUGAGGGACAGCCAGACAAAGUUCAGGUGUCAGGUGAUGCUUCAAACAUAUUUACAGAAAUUAAAACUAAUGAAGCAGUUGUUGAUUCAGCUCCUGUCGAAAUUAAACCUGGCAUGAUGUUUGAUCCUACACAGGGUAGUGUUCAGCUGGAUGAUGGGUCUGUUGUUGAUGUGGUGACAGCUGUGAAGGAAGGCAAGAUUCAGCCAACUGGAGUUAAAGUAAAGGAUCCAUAUUCUGGACGAGAUCUCAAUAUCAGUGAGGCCAUGAGGAAGGGGAUCAUUGAUAAGGAGUCUGGUGAAUAUAAAGAUAAGACUGGUCGCAAGCUGUCCCUUACAGAUGCUGCAAAAUAUGGUGUCUUAGGAAUAGCUGCUGUUAUAGGUGCCCCUGUUAUUGCUGGCGUUGCAGCUGCACAGGCUAUCAAGAAGGGUAUUAAGAAGGUGAAAAAGAUUGACCCCAAAACAGGCACAGAAAUCAUUAUUGAAGAGAGUGUUGAAGUUAUUACUGAUUCUCAAAGUGAAGAGGAAACUUUGGAGACCGUUGUUGGUAAAAGGAAGGAAUCAACAAUUAAGUCCACAACAGUUGUAGAGACAGAUAUUGUUCUUCAAGAUCCUGUGACUGGCCGGGAGAUGACCCCAGAGGAAGCCUUUGCAGAGGGACUAAUUUCUCCAGAAGAACUGGAGGAAAUUAAGAGUUCUGCUCAAGAAAGAAUUGUUGAGGUACAGGAUGAAAAGGUAUCAGAAGAGGAUAUGAUUACUAUUCCACAUGAAAAGGAAUAUCAAAUUCUAGGCCCUGAGGACACCAGUAAAGAUGGAAUAGAAGUGGUUUUGAAGGCAGGAUCACCAGAGAAGAUCCUGUCACCCAUGAAAGCAGGGUCACCUGAGGGGGCACUUUCACCUGUGAGAGCAGGGUCACCAGAGAAGGCACCUUCACCUGUGAGAGCAGGAUCUCCUGAGAAGGUACCUUCACCUGUGAGAGCAGGAUCACCUGAAAAGGCACCUUCACCUGUGAAGGCAGGAUCACCUGUAAGGGCAGGAACACCUGAGAAGACACCUUCGCCUACAAAGGCAGGGACACCAGAGAAAGUAUCUUCACCUGUAAAAGCUGAAUCGCCUGGAAGGGCAGGUUCACCAGAGAAGAUCUCAUCUCCUGUAAAAGCAGGUUCACCUGAAAAGACUCCUUUGCUUGAAGAGGCAGUCUCACCAGUUACAAGAAGUUCACCUACAAAAACAUCACCUGUACGUAGUUCUCCAGAAAAAUCUGUGCUGCAAGAGACAGACGACGAUGUGCAGAAAACCAAGGAACCUGAAGAAUCUAGUUCACCGAGUAAGGCAGGUUCACCUAAAAAGGAAGUGCCAGAAGGCUUGUCUCCAGAGGAAGUUAAUGGGAAGCUUGAAGUUGAAGGUGAUCUUACAGAUUCAAAAGACCCCACCAAACUUGAAACCCCCAGUCCUGAUGAUUUUGGUGAUAGGAAAAUGUCUCUUGGGGAAAAGACCAGAGAACGUGUUACAACUGAACCCAAAUUCAGUGUUGCUAUAGGACGAGCGAAGUCUUUACCAAGCCCUGACCAUGAAGGGAAACCUGUCAGACUUCAAAAAGUCCGCAGGAAGACUAUGAAACCCAAGCAAGCAGCAUCAAAGGGUGUUGUUGAUGAAAACACUGCUGCCAUCCUCGAAGAUCCAAAUACAUUCCGUGGACCAGAUGGUGAAUCAAUAACCUUAGAAGAAGCCCUCAAACUGAAGAAGAUUGAUGGGGAUACAGGAGCUGUGCUUGAUAUUGCGCGAGGAGAGCCAUUAACAAUUACAGAGGCUGUCGAAAGGGGUGUUCUUGACAGGAACACUGGUAAUGUGUUGAUUCCUGUUGGGCGCAGUGUUACUCUCCCAGAAGUUGUAACACAGGGUCUCCUUGACAAAGAUUCUCAGAAAUUCAUUCACCCUGAGACUGGAACCAGUUUAACUCUUAGUGAGGCAGUUCUUUGUGAUAUCAUUGACCCUAUUUCACAGGUUAUUGAGCCAAAUACACAAGAAAUCAUUACUCUGGAGGAAGCUAUGAAGAGAGGUAUUAUUGACCCAACCAGUGGUCAAGUAAAUGUUUCUAAAGGACCUGUGUCAAUUUUGGAGGCAGUCGAUAUGGAUAAUGUCUUCGUUACACCAACCGUUGCCAGGGUAGAUUGGCUUCCUCCUGUGGGAAUGACCUUCCCUGUUGCUUUGCAACGAGGCCUUGUCGAUGCUGACAAUAAAGAAAUAAUUAAUCCUGUAACAACAGAUCGUCAGCUACUGAAAACAGCUAUUGAGAAUGAUUUCAUUAUGGCAUUGCCUUGCCCUAUUCUGCCAGAGAGUGUUCAAGUAACCCAGGCUCUUGACUGUAAACUAAUUGAUACAGAAUCCUGCACAUUCACCAUACCAAACACAGGACAAGAGGUUCCUGUUGAAAAUGCUGUUGAAAGUGGAUUGCUUCAAAUUAAGCCAAUGACAACUGUUUUGUCACCAGAAGAAACUGUUAUCAGCCAAGAAGUAAUAACAGAAACAGUAAGGACUUACGAAACUAUUACCACCACCACAGUAAAAGUCGAAACUGGAUAUAUACUUAUCAGCCCUACAGAAGUGAAAAAUGAAAAAACUGGUGAGAUACUGUCUAUAGAAGAGGCAAAGAAAAGAGGCAUUGUUGAAGAUCUUGGCACAGAGGAGUAUGAGGAAAAACCAACAUUUAGAGAGGCAGCAGAACAAGGACUCAUUGACUUUGCUAAAGGAACAUUUGAAGAUCCUAACACAGGCAAUGUUAUUCCAAUUGAUAAAGCCAUUCAAAAAGGUCUUGUGGAGCCCAUGGAACCAGCACCUUCUACUGAAGUUACCAGUAAAAUCAAUAUUAUGCAAGCCUUCUCAACAAUCUAUCAUGAGAAGUCUGGGAAGUUUAAAGAUCCCCAGUCAGGUACUCUGUUAACACUUGAAGAAGCAGUUGAUAAAGGAGUAAUUGAUCCAGAAGCAAUGGUCUACGACACAAAGAGUGGCCAGGCAUUGUCGACUAAAGAGGCUGUGGAUAAAGGUGUAAUUGAUGUGGAAGCUGGCGACUUUAUUGAUGCCAAAACAGGAUCAAAGGUAAAGGUUAAGGAUGCUGUGAAGAUGGGUCUGCUUGCAGUUAUUGGUGCACCAGUACUUGCUGGAAUGGCUGUUAAAGAAGUUAUUAAGGUGGCUCAUGAUAAGAUAAAAUCAUCAUCUGCAGAAAAGAAAACUAUUGUGACUGAGAUCAUAGAAGAGUAUCAACCAGCUAAGACAGCAGAGGACAUGCUUAAAAGACCAUCCAUGCAAUCCGAGGAUGAAGUUUCUCUACCAGUGGUUGAGGUUGGUCAGAAAAUGACCUUAAGAAAUGCAAUGGAGGGACGUUACAUUGAUGUAGAUUUGUGUGUGGUUGUAUCCCCCUCCACAGGAAAGAGACAACCUUUAAGGCGUGCCAUAAUUGAAGAGUUUGUUACCCUAGUGACUGUAAUUGAAAUUCGUAGUCGGACUGAGAUCUGGAUUGUUGAGGAAAUCACAAUUAUAACAGAAGUUGUCAGGACUUUGGAUCCUAAGGUGAUGGCUGAGAAAGGUCAGUAUGAUCCUAAUAGUGGCAACUUUGUUGAUCCAGACACUGGUAAAGAAAUCUCGUUCCAGCAAGCAAUAGAGAAUUCUGCCUUCAACUCAGAACUUACAGUAGUGAAAGAUCCCACAACUGGAAAGGAGAUACCACUUCAGGAAGCUCUUGAUAAGGGAAUUGUAAGUCCAACAACAGGAGAAGUGGUAGAUCCUCAGACUGGAGAGUCCCUUACAUUCUUUGAAGCUGCCCAGAAGGGUCUCAUUAAACCUGAUGAGAAAAAGGAACCAACAGAAGAAAAACCCGUAGCUGUUGCUUCUUUGGAUGAUGCCAUUGGAAAGGGUCUUCUGAACCUAGACACAGGAAUGUUUAUGAAUCCUGGAACUGGAGAAUCCAUGACAGUUGGUGAAGCUUUGAAGAGUGGCCUUCUAGAUCCUGCUACCGUCCAUAUAUAUGAUCCAAGGAAUGAGGAUGUAACCUCCUUGAAGGAAGCAGUUGAAAUGGGGCUGAUUGACCUAGAUUCAGCCAAAUACACUGAUCCAGAGACAGGUUGUGAAAUGGAUUUAACAACAGCCUUAUCUAAAGGAAUUUUGGUUCCUAAGAGAAAGGCAAUGUCCUUGGUGGCUGUGGUAAACAAAGGUCUUUAUGAUAAGAAGUCUGGCAAAAUUAAUGAUAACUUAACCAAACAAAAGCUUGAUGUGGAUGAGGCUGUAAAAAGAGGUAUAGUGAAUGCCUUCAUCACCCUCUGCAAGGACACCAAAGCAGACAAAUACAUUACACUUGAUGAUGCUCUGCUGCUUGAUCUAGUAGUAGCUCAGAAUGGAAAGUUCAAAAAUACCAAGAGCAACUUGUUUAUACCUUUGGAUGAAGCAGUGAAACAAAAAUUAAUUGUGACUCACCGUACAUCUGUUCCUCUUACUGAUGCUGUUCUUGGUGAAAUGUAUGAUCCCACAGAAGGUACAUUCUAUGAUGCUUGUGAAGGUGAUGAGUUGACACUGAAUGACUCCAUGGCUUGCAGAUUAGUGGACACAAGUGUUUGUAGAGUUAAGAUCGAUGAGGAAACUUAUACCAUAAAAGAUGCACUUGACAAGUCCAUAUUGGAUGGUGAUUCUGGCAAGUUACUUCAGCCAGAAGAGAUGAGCCUUGAUAUAGCAGUGAAAAAAGGUUACUUGAUAACUAUUGUGGGUACAUUCUCAUUGCUCCAAAUUAUUGAGGAUGGUCUCUAUGACCCAGAAACAGGUCUGAUCACUGUAGAUGGAGAUCGAAUUACCAUUAAGGAUGCAAUUGAAAGAGAUGUUGUUGAUGCUUCAUGUUUAACUAUAAAGGACCCUCGAACUGGAGAGACAAUAAGCUUGGAAGAAGCAAUUAAAUCAGGCUUGAUUGAUCCUGUUACUGGUACUUUUAGGGACCCUGUAACUGGUGCCGAUGUAGAACUAACAGAAGCAUUAUCAAAGGGUGUAGUGGUAGAAGGUAAAACUACCUUUACUUUGUAUCAGGCUGUGACCAAAGGCCUCUACAACCCAAGCACUGGUCGUGUUACAAGCCCUGUAUCUCAAGAUCAACUGACUGUUCACAAGGCCAUUCGCAGCGGCAUUAUUGACACUAGCACAACCCUGGCUCGUGAUCCCAACACAGAGAAAUUAAUGAGUUUCAAACAGGCCACUUCAAAUGAUCUUGUUGAUACAAGAACUGGCAUGAUAAACUUUGGCAGAAUUAAAAAGAUGAAUUUCAAGGAUGCAUUUGAGCAGGAUUAUCUUAUGGAGGCUCAGAUGCCAAUGGCUCUCAGAGUAGUGAUCAUGAAAGAACUCUAUGAUGAGGAGAGUGGUAGGUUCUUGAGUCCAUCUACUGGGGAAUGGAUAACUCUGUCUGAAGCUCUAGCUGUACAGAUGAUUGAUCCAGACUCAACACAUGUGAAAGACACGCUUUCUGGCCGCCUUAAGAAGGUUAACAUUAGAGAAGCUAUUGAAUGUGAUCUCAUUGAUGGUGAGACUGCUCUGGUCAAGAACCACCAGACAGGCACCCAACACACUAUAUUGGAAGCAUAUGAACUAGCUCUGAUUGUUGACAGUCGUGUUGCCAUGUCACUUCAACGUGCCUUGCAUCAAGGGUUAUUAGAUGAUGAACAGGGACUCCUUACAGAUGUCAACACAGGAAAGAAAAUAACCUUACAUGAGGCUAUGAGACGCCUUGUAAUCAACCCAAGCCUUCCAUGUUAUUGGGAUAGUAAUUCUUCAACAUGUCUUUCACUAGUGCAAACCUGCAGGGAGGGUAUCAUUGACCGUCGGCUUGGCAAAUUCAAUGACCCGAAAUCUGGAUGUACUCUUACCUUAAUGGAUGCUCUUGACCAUGGAAUGAUCCUGGAUAUUGAUAAACCUCAGAGUCUGUAUGAUGCUGUUACCAUGGGUUUCUGCGAUCCUAAAUCGGGUAGAAUGAUACAGCCUAACACAGGAAGGAAAUUGACUUUAGCUGAUGCCUGUAAGCAAAACAUAAUAGAGCCAUCUGUGUCAAUUAUUAGAGAUGCUAGCAAACCUCGUUUCAUGAAGCUGAAUAUUGCUGUAGGGGAAGGUCUUAUUGAUGAUGUUAAAGGGAGAUAUGUUAUGCCUGAGUCGAGAGAAGAGCUCACACUUGAGGAGGCUGUAGAAAAGAAGCUCAUAGUUACAUCUAAACGACCUCUUACUGUGGAAGAAGCUUUGAGCUAUUGCUUGUACACACCAGAAACAGGCCGAUUGGUAGAGCCAUGUGUAGGAGACAGGCUGGACCUGGCUGAGGCCAUUGAUCAUUCUCUCAUUGAUGGAAACACAACAGCCCUGAAGAAUCCUGCAGACAGCACAAUUAAAAGUAUACGUGCUGCUGUUGAGGAUCUGGAUAUUGAUGUCUCCAAGGGCAUGGUUACAGAUCCUCAAACAAAGAAAUCUUACCCUCUCAAUGUAGCCUUUGACAGAGGUCUUAUUGUAACUGUAGGCAAGCCCAAAAGUUUCAUGCAGGCUGUUCGUGAGGGAUCCAUAGAUUUUGAAAAAGGGACAUACACAGAUCCAGAAACAGGAAUUGAGUAUACACUGGAGGAAGCUCUUCGGUUUGAACUAGUGGAUCCAGAUUCUGCAGUGAUUAAGGAUCCAAGAACAGGUAGAUACAAAACUCUUAAGAGAGCCAUCCAGGAAGGGCUUGUUGACCUGAAAAAGCGUGCUAUGUUUGACCCACAAACUGGUACUCUAAAGACCUUGUGCAUAAUCUUCGACCAAGGAACGAUUGUUUUCCUUAGAGAGCCUUUAUCAUUUGAUGAAGCUAUUGACAAGGGCCACCUGAACACAGAGACAGGAAUGUUUAUUGAUCCCAACUCAAAGGAGGUUCUAAAUCUUCGAGAAACCUGCCGUCUUGGUCUGAUUGACCCCAAGACUGUCCUUGUAAAGAAUACUCGAAGCAGGCAACUUCUUCAGCUACCUGAAGCCUGUGAAGUAGGUGCUGUUGAUGCUGAUAAGGGCAUGGUUUAUAAUACGGCUACUAGUCACCUACUAACUAUCGCUGCUGCAAUGGACUCUGGACUCAUCAUCACACCACGCCGUGGUUUAGCUCUCUUAGAGGCACUAGACUAUGGUCUCUUUGAUGAGAAAACUGGGCACUUGCUCAACCCUCACGAGAAAAAGCAUAUAUCCCUGCGAGAAGCAAUAUCUUGUGGAUUGAUCGACAGCACAACAACCAUGGUAAAGUGUCCCGCUAGUGGCAGCAUCCAAGGCAUUGCUGAGGCUACACGUACUGGUUUGCUGGACGAUCAGGGUGGUGCUGUGAUAGACCCUACCUCAGGCACUCACUACCCACUACCUGAGGCUCGUCGCCAGGGCUACCUGCUCACCGCCCAAGCGCGGCAAGCAAUGAUCGAGAAGUACAAGCAGUGUGAUGCUACAAUAGUAGACAUGAUGGACCAAGUGAGUGAGAUCGAACGGCGUCUGGCAGAACAAGAGCCAGUCAGCGAGAAUGCCAAUGGUCUUCGUAACCAGAUCAACACUGUUAAGGCAAUCAAAGAUGAGUUGGACGAGAUGUUCCGUCCUCUUGGAACCUGCCUGGAUGGAGUACGCCAGGUGGUGAACCAGGGUGGUGAUGCUCUGUCCCGUGAGGAACUGGAGUCUCUGGACAUGGCUGCCACUAGGCUGAAGCAGCGCUAUGACAAGUGUGUUGACCAGGCCGAUACCACCCACCGCCGUCUUACCACUGCUAUGGAGGAGUUCUCCAAGUAUGAAAAGGAGAUUGCUCUCUUCCAAACAUGGCUGAGGCAGGCAACUAAGACUUUGAUUGAGAAAGAGCGCCUUUGCUCAGACCUCAACAAAAUCAAGAACCAUGAACAGGGAUGCCGAGACUUCCUGGGUGAUGUCAUUGCCCACCAGGCUGACCUCCGCUUCAUCACCAUGGCCACCCAGAAGUUCUUGGAUGAGUCCAGUGUGUACCUCCGCACAGUCAACAACUUCCGCACUUCACUGCCAGAGCGAUACCCAGUUUUGCAAGCUGAUCCCGACUCGGUAGUCCGCGAUGCCGCCGAUGACGUCACGGCUGAGUUUAAGGAUCUGCUAGCCAGAGCCAACAAACUAGUUGAUAAGGUUACAAGUGUCGGCAACAAACAGCGUGAUUACACUGAAUCCAUUGAGAAGGCCAUACGCUGGUUGAAGGACACCGAUGUCAAGAUUACCAGAAUCCUUCAGGAACCCGUAGGAGCAGAGCCCAAGAGCGUCCAGGAUCAGCUGGACAAGACGAAGGCCAUCAACAACGACGUCGUGGCCCAGUCUCGCCUCUUCGACAAUUGUCGUGGAACGGCGGCGGCGCUGCUACGUGCACUGGAGGGGGAGCUCGAUGCCAACGAGAAGGACGCCAUCGAGCGCCCGCCUGAAGAACUCUACGAGAGAUACAAUGAGCUGGCUGAUCGCCUGGCCCACCGCUGCCAGGAGCUGGACACCGCCCUUGUGCAGUGCCAGGGCGUGCAGGAGGGUCUGGACUCGCUCAUGGCCUGGCUCUCGAGCAUCGACUUGCAGCUAAAGAACGCCAGCAAGCCUGCAUCUCUAAACCGCGAUCGCCUGGACGAACAGGUGCGAGAACACCGCCAGCUCCACGCAGACAUCAUGUCGCACCAGGCGUCGGUGGUGCAGAUCAACGACUCUGCGGAGGCGCUGCUCUCCUCCGCCUCCAACGCCCGUGUGGCCAAAAAGAUCGAGACCAAACUGAGGGAACUCAACACCAAAUUCGAGAAGGUGGUUGAGCGGUCCGAGACUCGAGGCCACCACUUGGAAAUCGUGUCCACACAGCUCGAAGCCUUUACGGUGUCUGUGGAGCACUUCGAGGAAUGGUACAUCGAGAUCGUGGAGGUCGUGGAGUCGAGGGAGGUGCUUUCUCUCGAUGUCGAAAGCUAUGCUCGCAAGAUUGAUGAGAUUGCACGCCAGCGUGAUGCAAGAACUGGCGACUUUGAUGGCAUGAUCAAGACAGGAAAGGACCUUGUGUCGAAGAAGGAUGUCACAGACACAGCGCCUGUAAAGGACAAGAUCAAGAACCUAGAGGGUCAGUGGAAGGAGCUUAAUGACACUUUGGACGAGAGAGCUCGCAAUGGCAAAGAGAGGUCAGAGCAGCUCCUCGCAUACGAACAGUUGCGAGACCGUUGCACUCAGUGGCUGACCACCACAGAGAACAUCCUUGAUAAUGCCCAGGCUGUUGGCCUUGAGACUGAGAUUGUUAAGAGGCAAAACGAAGAACUCAAGCCACUUCACAAGGAAUUCCGUGAAUAUGCCAACACCAUUGACAAACUCAAUGAACUUGGCAAUGCAUACGAUGCCUUGCUGCGAGGCGAGAGGCCCGAGAGCCCGACAAGACGUCGAUCAUCUGUCACGCCGGCCAAGCGUCCCUCUAUCACGUCGCCUCUGAAAUCCCCAGUGAGGCGAGUGUCACAGGACGCACGUAGUCCCUCACCCACGCAGAAGUUCAUGGGCUUCAACGGGUCUGGCCCCAUGUCACCCAUCCCUGGUGGUUAUGCUAGCAGGCGCACAUCACAGGAAGGAUUCCACCUCGAUGAUAUGAGUCCUAUCCAGAAGGAGUUGAUGCAAGUGAACAACCGUUAUGAAAUGAUUGGAAUGAGAUUAAGUGACCGUCAGAAUGACCUUGAUGUAAUGAAGGAAGAGCUGAAAAAAUUGAGUGACAGCAUUCGCUCCCUCAAUACUGUCUUGGAUAAGGCAGAGCGCAGCAUGCCAAGAGAUGCUGUGCCCACUACAAAAGAGGAAGCAGAUAAGCAUAAUAGGCAGUGCAAGAACAUCCAAGAUGAUCUGCUGGAGAAGCAGCCUGCCCUUGAUUCACUGAAGAGCCAGGUCAUUGAGUUGAUCAAGAAGAGGCCUACUGCUCCUGGUGCUGACAUUUUGCAAGAUCAGUUUGACUUAGUAAAUGAUCGUUACAAGGAGCUCCAGGGUCGCCUCAAGGAUCGUCUCAGCUUCCUAGAACAUACCAAAGAUUUUCUCGAUAGCCAUGAUGCUCUCAACAACUGGCUUAAUUCAAAGGACAAGAUGAUGACUGUCUUGGGCCCCAUUGCUUCUGAUCCUCGCAUGGUCCAGAUGCAGGCUCAGCAGGUGCAGGUGCUCAGGGAUGAAUUCCAGGCACAGGAGCCCAAGCUUAAUGAUCUGAAUGAUGCUGGAGACAAGAUCAUCAGUGUCUGUGAGCCCAACUCACUGGCUGGAAAGAAGAUCAAUGACAAAUUGGAUGCCAUCAACAACAAGUGGACUGAGCUUAUUGGCCAGCUGGAUGCUCGAGAUUCUGCUCUUAAUGCUGCAUCUGAUGCUAGCACAGAUUUCUACAAUAAUUACAACAAGCUGCAUGAUACCUUGCUCAAGUUGGGUGAAGACUUUGAUGAAGUUUCAGCCAGUGGAGCUGAUUCAGCUCAGCAAAUUCAGGCUGUGCAAGAGCUUGAGAAAGGUUUGGAGAGAGUACGUGCUCCUCUUAUUGAUCUGGAGGGAUUGGGUGAACACCUGGUCUCUAUUCUCUCUGACCCAUCAUCCAAGUCCGAUAUCAAGUCUAAGGUCACCCAGCUCAACAAAAUGUUCAAUAACCUGGAGAAGAAACUUGGUAACAGAAAGUCAGAAUUGGAAGCCUCCCUCAGAGAUGAAGAAAUGUUUGGCCAGUCAUGCCAGGACAUCCAAGAAUGGUUAGCUGACCAAGUGGCUCAUCUCAAGGACAAACUUCUGGUUUCUGCAGACCGAGAUAUCCUCUCUCACCAGGUGAGUGACUUCGAGCCAGUCUACAAGGAUCUAAUGGCUAAGGAGCAUGAAGUCAUUAUGAUGAUUAAUAAGGGCAAGGAAAUUGUUGCCAAGUCAUCAAGAAAGGAUCUGAACAGACAGUUGUCAUCAACUCUUGAUGCAAUCAAAAAUGAGUGGGACAAUGUACGCAAAACUGCUGUAGAACGUCGAUCCAGACUUCAAAAGUGUAUGGAUACUUGCAAUAAGUUCCAUAACAUGCAGGAGAAAUUCAACCCAUGGCUAGACAAGGCUGAAGAUAAGGCAAGAAACUUGGAUCCAAUUGCAUUCACAAAGAAGGCCAUUGAUAAGCAGAUCAAGGAGAUCCAAGCUUUCAAGAAUGAUGUUUCCCGUCACAGUGGAGAAUUUGAGAACAACAAAACAGCAGGAGAUAAGCUUGUUGGGUGCACUGACACUGAUCAUGAUGGAGUUCAUGAUGCUCUUGGCAUUAUGAAGGAGCGCUGGGACAACCUCAAUGCCAUUGUCAUGGCAAGAGCACAAGACCUUGAUGAUGUUUCAGCAACAUUGGCAGACUUCAAUGAAAAGGCAAGAGACCUGGACCACACACUCCAACGCUGUGGGGACAAACUUGCCUCCCUUGAUACUUUAGGUGGAGGUGGCAAAGAUGCCAAAUCACUGGAGAGAAUGAAGGCCUUGCUUGAUGAAACCAAUGCUCUUGGCAAGCAGGUUGACCAGGUAAGACAGAAGGGUGAAGAUCUAUGUGCUGCUGCUGAUUCUGCAGGAUCAGAUGCUACCCAUAUUCAGGAUGAAGUUGAAAGACUGUCAGACCGUUAUGGAGAUCUAAAGGGUAAACUUGAGGAUCGCUGUCAUGAUUUGGAAGAAGCUUCCCAGGCUGUCAACCAGUUUGGAGCUCUUGUGAAGAAUGUUGGUCAAGAACUUACAGGAUUAGAUGAUGAAAUUGACCGUAUGGCCCCUGUUGGUAGAGACAUCAAGACUGUUACAGGGCAGAUUGAUCAGCUACAGAGCUUCUUGACUAAGGUUGACCAGAAGGCAGAUGAAAUUGAAGAUGCAAAGGCAGCCUUGGAGGAUCUUGUUGCUCAAGGGUUCACUGGUAGUAAUAACCGCACUGCUGAAGAUCAGAUUAAGCAGCUUGGUCGCCAGUUGAAGAAAAUCCAAGAUCGCUGUGAUGUCCGUGGCAAGGACCUUGACACUGUUUUGAACAAGUUAGAAAACUUCUACCAGAAAUACAAUGUGGUAAUGGAGGAAAUCAAUGAAACGGACAAAGAAGGUGAAGCAUUUAAACCAGUUGGUGCAGAUGUUGACACAAUUAUUGCGCAACAGGAGGAAUUCAAGAGAUUUAAGGGCAAACGCAUUGAAGCAUUAGGAAAACAAGUAACUGAAUGCAAUAAGCUUGGUCAGGGGCUCAUUCAGAGUGCUGCAUCAGGUGUUAAUACCCACGAUCUUGAGGAUGAUAUUGAUGCCAUGAACGAUCUCUGGAAUAAACUGAAGGAGAUGAUUGGCAACCGAGAGAAAGCUCUGGAUAAGGGCUUGAUGCAAUCUGGCAAGUUCCAGGAUGCAUUGGACAGUAUGUUGCAGUGGCUUGGCAACUUUGAAGAGAUGAUGGAGAAUCAAGCACCGAUCUCGGGUGAAUACUCUGUGGUGAAGGCUCAAGCUCAGGAGCAAAAGUUCUUGAGAAAGAUGCUUCUUGAUAGACAGAAUGAGAUGCAGGCACUCUUGUCCAUGGGACGUAGCUUGGCUGCAGAUCUAGAACCUUCAGAGAAGGCUAAUGUAGAAGGACAGUUGGAUGAUUUGCUCAACAGGUUUGAUGAUGCCAAUGCCCGAUCACAGGAGCGCAUGGAGGCUCUCGAAGAAACACUGAAGGUUGCCAAGGAGUUCCAGAACAAACUGAACCCCAUCACAGAAUGGCUUGACCGCACUGAAAAGAAACUCAAGGAAAUGAGCACAGUACCAUCAGAUGAAGAAAAAAUCCAGAAACUUCUCGAUGAGCAUGACAACCUUCAUGAUGAAAUCCUUGGCCAGAAGCCUGCAUUUGAUGAUCUUACUGAUGUAGCUACAGCCCUCAUGAACCUUAUUGGAGAUGAUGAAGCCAAUGCAUUGGCUGACAGAUUGCAGUCGACCACAGAUCGCUAUGGCCAGCUUGUAGAAGACUCAGAAGCACUUGGCCGUCUUCUGCAAGAAUCAAAGGUGGGUCUGCGCCAUCUUGUUCUGACUUAUGAGGACUUACUCUCAUGGAUGGAUGAGAUGGAAGCAAGGCUCUCCAAGUAUCGCAUCCUUUCUGUGUUUGUUGAGAAGCUCUUGGAGCAGAUGGAUGAACUUACAGAUCUGGGAGAAGAAGUUGUAUCUCACGAAAAACAGGUUUCAGAGGUAAUGGAAGCUGGUUCUCAGCUCAUGAAGCACAUUUCCAGUGAUGAAGCUCUUCAGCUGAAGGAUAAAUUAGACUCUAUCCAAAGACGCUACAAUGAUCUUAGUGCCAAGGCAACUGACCUUCACAAGUCUGCCAAUGAAGCCUUGCCUUUGGUUCAACAGUUCCAUAGUGCUCAUGAUCGUCUAGGCUCAUGGAUGCUGUCUGUUGAGGGACAGCUCCAGAGCAUGGAUUCCUCAGGCCAAGGACUGUUGGAAGAAGAGAUUGAGAGGUUGGCUCAAGAGAUCCAGGAACAUCGCCCAUUGGUAGAAGCUGUCAACUUGGUUGGACCUCAACUGUGUCAGAUCUCUCCAGGUGAGGGUGCCUCAAACAUUGAAACUCUUGUCACAAGAGAUAACAGGAGGUUUGAACAGAUCUGUGAACAGAUUCAGAGAAGGAUGGAGAGAAUUCAUAUGUCCAAGCAGAGAUCACAGGAGGUCACACAUGACAUUGAUGAGUUGCUUGAUUGGUUCCGUGAGGUGGAAGGUCAGGUCAGGGAAGCAGAACCUCCAAGUGUGGAUCCUGAUGAGAUUCGCAUCCAACUGAAGGAGCACAAGGCUUUGAAUGAUGAUGUUGCCAGUCAGAAGGGCAGAGUGCGUGACGUCCUGUCCAAUGCUAAGAAGGUCUUGAGGGAAGCACCACAACAUGAAGACACAAGUGAACUGAGAGAAAAGAUGGAUGACCUCAAGGAGACCAUGGAAUCUGUCUCUAAGCUUUCAUCAGAUAGGCUUUCAACCUUGGAACAAGCUCUACCUCUGGCAGAGCACUUCUUUGAGACACAUCAUGAGUUGGAUGACUGGCUGUCAGGCAUGGAGAAUGAAGCUAUGGUGAUGGACACCCCAGCAUUGCGUGCUGAACAGAUUAUCCGUCAAAUGGAGAGAAACAAGAAUUUCUUGCAGUCCAUUGCUGACCACAAGCCACUGCUUGACAAACUGAACAAGACUGGUGGUGCCCUUCUUAAACUUGUCAAUGAAGAAGAUGGCAACAAGAUUCAAGAUCUCCUCGAAAGUGAUAAUGACCGUUACAAUGCUCUGAAGAAUGCACUUCGUGAACGUGGACAAGCUCUUGAGGAUGCUCUUCAAGAAACUAGCCAGUUCUCAGACAAGUUGGAUGGCAUGUUGUCUGCUUUGGCUGAAACUGCAGAUCAGGUGAAGAAUGCUGAGCCCAUCUCUGCUCAUCCUGAGAAGAUCCAUGAACAAGUGCAGGAGAACAACAGUAUCAUUGAUGACCUUGACAGGAAGGAGACAGCAUUUACUGCUGUUAAAGCAGCUGCAGAAGAUGUCAUCAACAAGGCUUCACGUAAUGACCCAGCUGUCAAGGAUAUUAAGAACAAGUUGGAUCGUCUGAACAAGUUGUGGGACCAUGUGCAAAUGGCAACUACCCAGCGAGGCCAGUCUCUGGAAGAUGCACUUGCAAUGGCUGAGAAAUUCUGGGAAGAACUACAAGGUGUCAUGGCUGCUCUUAAGGACCUGCAAGAGACACUGAAGGCCCAAGAACCAGUUGCUGUAGAGCCUCAGGCAAUCAAACAACAAAGAGAUGAACUCUCACAGAUCAAGAACAAGAUAGACCAAACAAAGCCAGAGGUGGAACAAGUUCGCCAGACUGGACGAGAUUUGAUGAACCUCUGUGGAGAGGCAGACAAGCCUGAAGUUAAGAAGAACAUUGAAGAUCUGGAUUAUGCUUGGGAUAAUGUCACAGCCUUGUAUGCCAGGCGAGAGGAGAACUUGAUUGAUGCCAUGGAGAAGGCUAUGGAAUUCCAUGACACUCUGAGGAACAUGCUUGAGUUCUUGGAGAAGGCAGAAGACAAAUUCUCAGGAAUGGGUGCUAUUGCUGGAGACAUUGAAGCUAUCAAGGGCCAGAUUAACCAGCUGCAGAAGUUCAAGGAUGAGGUUGAUCCACACAUGGUCAAGGUUGAGGCCCUGAACAGGAGUCUAAGAAGACAAGCUCAAGAACUCAAGGAACGCACCACUCCUGACCAAGCUGCUGCCAUUAUGGAGCCUUUGGGAGAAGUCAACCGUCGAUGGGAUGAACUCCUCAAGGGCAUUGUAGAGCGACAGCGUGACUUGGAAUAUGCCUUGCUCAAACUUGGUCAAUUCCAGCAUGCCCUCAAGGAACUGCUUGUUUGGAUAGAGAGAACAACCAAGAACCUGGAUGACUUGAAACCUGUGUUUGGAGAUCCACAGGUCAUUGAAGUAGAGCUUGCCAAGUUGAAGGUGACCAUUAAUGACAUCCAAGCUCAUCAAUCAAGUGUAGACACACUUAAUGAUGCAGGACGGCAGCUGAUUGAAGCUGAUAAGGGCUCUGAAGAUGCUUCCAACACCCAGAAGAAAUUGUCUGAACUAAACAAGAAAUGGAGUGAACUGCAGGACAAGGCUAGCAACAAGCAGAAUGACUUGGAAAAUGCACUGAGGGAAGCUCAGAUCUUCAGUGCAGAAAUCCAGGAUCUCUUGCUCUGGCUUGGAGACAUUGAUGCUGCAUUGUCAACCUCUAAACCUGUUGGUGGUUUGCCAGAAACUGCAAAGGAGCAAUUGCUUCGGUUCAUGGAGAUUUACGAUGACCUAGAAGAGAACCGUUCCAAGGUUGAGGGUACGCUUCAGCAAGGCCAGGAGUACUUGAAACGUUCUCGUGAAGGAUCUGCAUCCAAUCUGAACCAUAGUUUAAGAACUCUCAAGCAACGUUGGGAAAGUGUCAUGAACCGUGCUAAUGACAAAAAGAUCAAAUUAGAAAUUGCUCUUAAGGAGGCCACUGAAUUCCAUGAUGCCUUGCAACAGUUUGUUGACUGGCUAACGGAGGCUGAGAACUUCUUGAAUGGGCAACAGCCAGUUUCUCGUGUUCUGGAUAUUAUCCUCCAACAGAUUGAAGAACACAAUAGUUUCAAGAAGGAUGUUACUGCUCAUCGUGAGGUAAUGCUCAAUCUGGAUAAGAAGGGAACUCAUCUUAAGUACUUCAGCCAAAAGCAGGAUGUUAUUUUGAUCAAGAACUUGCUUGUGUCAGUUCAGCACCGCUGGGAAAAAGUAGUGUCAAAGGCAGCUGAAAGAACUCGUUCACUUGACCUUGGAUUCAAGGAAGCCAAGGACUUCCAUGAUAAUUGGAAUGAACUCAUUUCCUGGCUCACUGAUGCUGAGAACACUUUGGAUGAGCUUGCAUCCAAUGUGGGCAAUGACCCAGAGAAGAUCAAGGCUCAAAUUGCUAAGCAUAAGGAGUUCCAGAAGGCCCUUGGUGCUAAGCAGCCAUCUUAUGAUGGUACAAUGAAGCAGGGUCGAAGUCUGCAGAACAAGGCACCAAAGACUGAUGAAGAGACACUGAAACAGAUGAUGGCAGAUUUGAAGAACAAAUGGAAUAGUGUGUGCCAGAAGAGUGUAGAUCGGCAGAGGAAGCUUGAGGAAGCUCUCUUGUUUACUGGCCAGUUCAAGGAUGCCAUCCAAGCUUUGCUGGACUGGCUCAAGAAGGUGGAAGUUGGGCUUGUGGAGGAUGGACCAGUUCAUGGAGAUCUGGACACUGUUAUGGCUCUUGUGGAACAACACAAAGCUUUCUGUGCUGAAAUGAAGAACAGGUCAGCUCAGGUUGAAAGUGUACGUCGCACUGCUGAUGAUCUCCUUGUCAAGGCUAGUGCUGAAGAUGCUGCCACCAUCAAAACACAGAUCAUUGAGUUAGUAAGCUCAUGGGAGAAGGUUGAGAAAGCCACUGAAGUUCGCACACUGCGUUUAGAAGAGGCUUUACAGGCUGCAGAAAGAUUACACAAGGUUGUGCACAUGCUCCUUGAUUGGCUGUCUGAUGCCGAAAUGAAACUUCGGUAUGCAGGCCCCUUGCCAGAUGAUGAAGAAGAAACAAGACGACAGAUUGCUGAACAUGAAUCCUUCAUGACAGAACUGGCACAAAAGGAGAAGGAAAAAGAUGACACCAUUGCACUGGCAGAAGAUAUCCUUGCCAAGGCCCAUCCUGAUGGUGUAGCUACAAUCAAGCACUGGAUUACAAUUAUUCAGUCAAGAUGGGAAGAAGUCAUGGCCUGGGCUAGGCAGAGGGAAACCAGAUUGUCUGAUCAUCUCCGAAGCCUUAGUGAUCUUGCUGGACUUCUUGAUGAAUUGAUGCGAUGGUUGAUCCAGGCUGAGAACAACCUGACAACCUUGGAAGCUGAACCACUGCCAGAUGACAUCCCAGCCAUUGAAGGCCUGAUCACUGACCACAAGGAGUUCAUGGAUGAGAUGCAGAAGAAGGAACCUGAUGUUCUAAGUAUCUGCAAACCAACCAAACCAAGACCUUCACUCUCCAACCAGGGCAAGAAGCGCUCUAGAGCAUCCCUUGGUCGUGAGAGUGUGAGCCCAGGAAGGGAAUCCUCGCCAGAAUAUGAUUAUCCAUCCCGACGUUCUAGCCGUAUCAGCCCCGAUCGCGAAUCUUCACCAGGACCCAAAUCGCGAAAGUCCAGCCGCGCAUCACCUGCUCGUGAGAUCACACCCACUCGGGAAUACCCACGGCCCUGGAUGUUUGGAGCAAGAACAACACCACCCCGAGAGUUAUCACCCGGAGCUGACCGAGAAAGAGAAUGGCCUCUUUCACACUUGCGCUUUGCCACGUCCACACCAACGCCUGCUGGUGCUACUACUGGUACUGCAGGAGGAAGGAAGAGCAGCAAGGCCAGUGUGAGAGAUGAACCUCAGAUCAAGAAUCCUCAUGCUAGAGCAUUGUGGGAGAAGUGGCAGCACGUUGGCUUCAUGGCAUGGGAACGCAUGCGGCGUCUCUAUGACAAACUCAACUAUCUUCAGGAGCUUGAGAAACUUAAGAACUUCUCCUGGGAAGAAUGGAGGAAGAGGUUCAUGAAGUUCAUGAACCACAAGAAAUCUCGUGUGACUGAUCUGUUCCGCAAGAUGGACUCUGAUAAUGAUGGAGCUGUGCCAAGAGAAGACUUCAUUGAUGGAAUCCUUAAGACCAAGUUCCCUACAAGCCGUUUGGAGAUGGGAACUGUUGCCGAUAUAUUUGACCGCAACCAGGACGGCUACAUUGACUACCAAGAGUUCAUUGCGGCAUUACGACCUGACUGGGAGCGCAAGGGACCUUUGACCGAUGCAGAAAGGAUUGAUGAUGAAGUGCAGAAACAGGUUUCCAAAUGCACCUGCCGACAGAAGUUCCGUGUGCACCAAGUAGGAGAAGGCAAAUAUAGGUUUGGAGACAGUCAGAAGCUACGUCUGGUCCGUAUCUUGCGGUCAACUGUCAUGGUUCGUGUGGGCGGUGGAUGGGUGGCACUUGAUGAAUUCCUUGUGAAGAAUGACCCAUGCAGAGUAUGUCCAUCUAUACCUGAGUUAGAGCAGGUUGGAGAUUUGGAACUACAUGAGCAUGGGUGCCCUAUGAGAGGAAAGACUUCACCAGCUGGGUCCUGCCGUAGCUCCUCCAAGGGUCGCACCAACGUGGAGUUACGCGAGCAGUUCAUCCUAGCGGAGGGCGUAUCCCAGAGCAUGACACCGUUCAAGUCCAAGCCUAGCCCCAACAGUUCUGUGUCAAGCCAGUCAGGCACUCCUGCCCAGCAGCGAUCCCAGUCCCUGCCUAACGCUGGGCCCAUUAUCAAGGUCCGAGAAAGAACAGCCAAGAGCUCAGCCAUGGGCCGUGCUUCCUUCAGUGCUGGAACUCCAGAUUCCUCAUUUAGUGAAGAAGGAGGCACUUCCUCAUUCCAUCUCCAUGGUGGUAAGCGCAAGGCUUCCGCUCCAGUCACAUCCCGCUCAUCUUAUAAUACCUCAGCUGACAGUCAACCAGGAAGCCGAGGAGGCAGCCGCCCUGCUUCUCGAGGACCUGGCUCUCGUCCUGGUUCUCGGCCCGGGUCUCGGCCACCAAGUCGUGCAGGCUCAGAGGUGUCCCUAGACUCCUAUGAUGGCGGCCGGACCCCCAUGAGACGCACACCCUCAUUUACAGGGCGAACACGCACACCAUCUAGUCAGUCCUCUGGGGUUCAGCGGUCAUCUUCCCUUAGAAAGGCCUCAGCCCCUGUCAAGUCCUCCACAGGCACUGUCAACGGAACUGGGACACGUGCCAUCUCUGUCUCAUCUAGGUUAUAUUCACCGACUCUGUCCAGUCGAUUGAAAGAGGCAGGAAUUAGGACCAAAAUCCCGGUUCUUGUGGGUGCUGCCUCUGAUUGGGAACGGACUAACCUAUCUGGCUCCACAUCUAACCUGAAUGUUGCGGGAACACCCUUAAGGUCCCGAACUUCAUCAACUACUAGUCUUAACUCCAAUCAUUCCACAAGCAAAAUUCCAACACUGAGACACAAAGUGUCCACCACACAAAGCACCACUCCCAAGACCUCCACUACUACAAGGACUCGGAAUCCUUCAGGUUCCAGCAGCACAGGUGGAACUACUAGGAUUGCCCGCAAAUCCUCUGCUGCUUCAGACACGCCUACCGGGAUAGCAAGGAAGACGGGCAUCGCAGAGCCAAGACGCAAGUUGUAGGAAAUUGAAUGGCAAAAUUAUAUUAUAUUGUGCUAGGGCCCACUGGAAGUUGUAAAGAAAAUUUACAUGGUACCCUGUACAGUUUAUAUUAAAACACAUAGAUGUAUGACAGUUACAAAUGAUAAAAUUGUAAAUGUGUAACAUGUUGCCACAUUUUUUGUGGCACAUUAUGAUAUAUAAUUGAUCAUAUUUUCUUUUGGAAAAAGCUUUAAAUAGACAACAUUGUAAUGAUUAGAGAUCUCUGAAAUUAUUUGAUUGGCAUUUUUCUAAUUGAAAUAUUUGACUUCUGGUUGGAUUUAGAUCCAUAUAAUUUCUAUGGAAUAUUCAUCUUUUGAAUUUGCUAGCAAAUGUGAUAUCAUGACAGGGCAAAUCCUGUUGCCUGAUAAUAGGACUGGAUUUGGUUAAUGUUAAUAUAUGAUAGAAAUCAUGGUAUCAAGUUCUAUUUUAUAUUAAUAAAGCCUGAUCUGGCCCUACAAAGUGAUAUGUUUAGGGUAGUGCAAGCCCAUUUUGAGAGUUCUCAGCCAUUCCACUCAACAUAUCGUGCUUGCUUUGAAAAGGUUGUUUAUUGUGUAAAGUCUCCAAGACAUUGUUGCUUGAUUUUAUUUAAUUUAAUUUUUUUUUCACCUUUGUGGCAUACAAUUCAGAAUUUUCAACUUCAAAUAUUUUCUUGGUGACAAUGCAAGUCAAUAAUUGUCUUCAUCAAUUCUUAUGUCAUACUGUGUUAGAUUCUAUUAGAUUUUUUUUUCUUUCUUUCUUUUUUUUAUGCUCCGCCCACUUGAACCAGUGUUUAAGAAGACCUCAGUUACAAGUGUAUUGUCUCAUUUCCCUGAUUCAUAGUCUAAGGCUGUUCUCAUGUACUCACCAUUAACGCUUCAUACCUAACUUGCCUAUGUGCGUAUCAAGCAAGCCUAUGUGGGGUAUUACAGGUUGCCAAAAUGCCACGUCUUGCAAGGAAUAUAUGUUGAUUUGCAACUUGGAGUUCAGCAGGAGUUUAAUGGUGCUUUAUAGUCAUAUAGAAUUUAUACUAAGCAAUAUUGGUACUUGAAAUUAUGUUAAAAUGCGCCUCAAUGGUUUAUUGUCUGUGCUACUAAUAAAGUGCAAAUGUGAUGAGAACAGUAAUUUGAGUCUCGGAUAGUAUAUCAUUUUAUUGUGAUUCCUAAUUGUUAAUAGGAAAAGAUUCUUGUAGCACUAUCUAAGUUACACGACAGCUGAUCUCAUGACAAAACGUUGAAAAAAAAAAAAUAAAAAACUUUCGUUCCUGAAACAGCAAAUCGAAGAUGGAACAGACUCAGAAAGCUAUGUCAAACUUACAUGACAUUAGGUGUGGCUCUGGGAAAAAAAAUAUUGACCAUAAGUAGAGGAUGCAAAUGCUGCGGGCUGGUUCCGGGUUAUAAUGGAGGCAAAACACCAUCUCUUGCCUCUUUUUGGUCUUGCAACAUUUGCAUCAUUUACUUAGUGGUCUUGGUGUCAUUUUUUUUCUUCCUCUUCUGUUACCUAACUCUUUAACAGAUUUUUAAUUAGGCUAAAUUUCCGAAUGUUGUCUUUUGUGUUUUUGUUGUAUUGUUUGUAUAAACCUUAGCUUUCAUGCUUUGUUAUAAGUUGUAAAUAAUAUAAUAAUAUAGGAAGCCCAUUGAAAGAUUGAAUUAUGGGGCACAAAAUAAAUUUCACAGUGAGUAACAAAAAUAUGGUAAGAUGUACUAAAGUCCUUUUGGUUGAAUAUACUGUACUUGACCAAUCAUCAUAGAAUAUUUUUUGUAUUUAAAUUGCUUAUGAUUAUACUAAUGCUUCGAUAAUAAAUGAGUAACGAGACA